AUGGAAUAUAGUCCUAGUUCUUCAACUUCUCCGAUUAUUAUUGAAAAGUGUCAAGUAUGCGGUUUUGAAGGUCAUGGAUAUCAUUUUGGAGCAUUCACUUGCAGGGCGUGUGCAGCUUUUUUCCGAAGAUGUCAUCUAGCUGCAACAACAGAGCAUAGAAAAUGUCGAAACAAAUACUCGACGUGUGUACCGAAUAGAAAUGGAAAAUGGUUUUGUAAAAAAUGCAGAUUUGACAGAUGCAACAAAUUAGGAAUGUCUUCAGCCAAUAUUCAGUACGACCGCGAUAUAUUCAAAAUUGCAAUACAACCAGGAUCUUUAGCUGAAUCUGAAGUUAAAAUGAAAAUUCGGAAGGAUAGAGUGCAGUCACCAGCGAUGAAUGAUACACGGCCAGAAGACGCCCUUCUGAUACAAAUAGUUCACACAAUUGAUGAAGAAGAAACUCUACCGUAUAUUGAUACAUCAGAACUUGUCGAGAAAGCUAUAUCUACAAUUCUUACACCCAAUGUAGUGCAUAGUUCUAAAAGAAUGAGUGAUUUGGAGAAACUGACCAAGGGAUUCGUAGAGUUUCAGACAAGUCAAAAACAAGAAAUGUCUGAAAUUUCAUCACUUUCCUCGACGGAUUACAUGAAAGAUUUCGAAAGAAGUAUGUGUGGAUCUGCGAAUUGGUUGGCAUGUUCAGAUCGAAUACAAAGCUUUGAUGAUGAACUCAAAGUAGAACUACUGAAGUCUGUUUGGUGGAUUUGGGGAAGAUUGGAGAGAAUGUCCAUGACAGCGAAGAUGAGAGCGGAGGGGAGUUGUGGCAAAAAACAAUUCUUGUUUUCUCCGGAUGGAUUCGUUGACUAUGAUAGGAUGUCCCCAGAAAUGAGUUGUUGGUCAAAACGUAAAUUUGAAGAGAUGAAGUUUUUCUUUGUUCCCAGAGAAAUAUUUUACGAUGAUGUCAUUUGGAGCAUUAUUGAAACAGAUCCUGAUGAUAUGGAGUUAACUUUUAUUGUUUGUUGCAUUUGCUUUCAAGUCGCAGGAAAACAUUUCGGUGGACAGAUUCAGGAAAAAUUAGAAAAAUUUCAAGAUGUUUUGUCGAACGAUCUUCAUGAAUACUACAUGAAAAACAAUAAGCGUAUGUAUCUUUUGAGGCUGAAAAAGUUGAUGAAAAUUCAAGAACAAUUUCUCAAACUUCGGAAUUCGCGACUCGAGAAGUAUGAGGUCGCUGGUGUUUUCAAAAUGUUCGGCGCUUCAUUUUCACAUCCUGAAUUCUUCUGUUUCACACCCUAA